CUUCCGCCAGUUUGGCAGAACAAAAAAGUGGAAAAAUCAAAAUGCUUUUUGAGUUAAUAAUUCUCAUUUGUCUGAUUGGUAUUUUUAUGUUUCUUAUUUCAUGGCUGGUGUCACCACAAGUAUUAAAACUGGACGGAAAACAUGUGUUGAUAACUGGUGGCUCAAGUGGUAUAGGGAAGGCUAUUGCCAAGGAAGCAAUAAGAAGAGGAGCUGUAGUAUCAAUUAUGGCUAGAAAUACUACAAAACUUGAAGCUGCAAAGGUGGAAUUAGAGAAAGUUGCUGGGAAUAGUUUUAAGCCAGUAUGUUUUGUAUCUGUUGACGUGGCUGGAGAGUAUGAAGCAGUACAGAAAGCAAUACAACAGGUAGAAAAAAAACAAGGACCUGUAAAUAUGCUAAUUAACUGUGCUGGGAUGGGUGUUGCUAAAACAUUUGAAGAUCUAAAAAUUGAAGAAUUCAAGAAAUUAAUGAACCUGAAUUAUUUUGGUACUGUACAAACAACUAAAGCAGUGAUCAGUAAAAUGAAAGAACGCGGAGGUGGAAGGAUUGUUUUCCUCUCAUCUCAAGCUGGUCAGCUUGGCUUGUUCGGUUAUACAGCCUAUGCUGCAUCAAAAUUUGCUCUCCGAGGGCUGGCUGAGUCUUUACAAAUGGAGGUGCGUCCAUACAAUAUCUAUGUAACAGUAGCCCAUCCUCCUGAUACUGAUACUCCUGGUUUUGAAGACGAGGAACGCAAUAAGCCAGAAGAAACAAAACUGAUCUCAGAUACAUCUGGUUUAUUUACACCUGAUGCCGUGGCUAAACAGAUACUUCAGGAUUCUGUGAAUGGAAGAUUUUGUAGUUAUAUUGGUUUAGAUGGGUGGAUGUUAGCAAACAUUACUUGUGGAAUGUCUCCUGUACAUUCAAUGUUUGAUGCAAUACAACAGGUACUGACAGUGAGUGUGUUUAGACUGGUUUCCUUUUUCUACUUAUUUCAUUUUACCAGGAUUGUCAGUAAAUGUAAAGCGAGAAAAGAUAAAGAACAAAAAGAAAAGAUGCUGUGAUAUUACUUACAAGACUUAUACAAAGAGAACAAAAUAUUUGACGUCUUAGACAACUGUCUUUCUUAUAUGGAUGGAUAUUCUUCAUUGUUCCAUUUUAAAAAAUAUUUCAUUGUGUAUACUAUAUGAAUGAAAGGUUAUUGUUGACUCAUAUACAGUGUUUAAAUCAUUAUAAAUCAAAGUCAUUUCCAUAGCUUUUUUUAUUUUAUUUUUUAGAUAUUUUAUUUUAAAAAUUUAGUUUUAUAUAUAACAGUGUCUUAGGGAUGUUCACAGAUCUAGUAUUUGACUUUUUAUCAGAUAUUCAGAAUCCUCUGGUAUCAUCCAUGUAGUGCCAUUUUAAAAUUUGCCCACUAAACCCUUCUUUUCUUUUCAUAUUUUUAUAACAUAUAGUUUAAAAAGCCAUUUUUAUCAUACAUAAUCCUUGUUAUUUUUUCAAAGUUUUUUAGAAAGAAAAAAGGAGUCAAUGUUAAAUGUAUGAAAAAUCUAUAGAGAAUCUUUUCACACUAAAUUUCAAUGGCUAGCAUCUGAAAAACUAAGGAUACCAACCUUUCAUAUUUUUUUCUGCUUUUAAUGUUUCAUUAUUUAUACAUACAUUUGUACUAUCAAUUUAUAGCAGUCUUUCAAAGAGGUUGUUAUUUUUGAAACAGAGCAGCCAACAUUGUUAAGUCAGUACUUUCAUUAUUAGUCAGAAUCUUCUAACAUGGUAUAUGUAUUUGUUUCAUCAGAUCAUGCCUUAUAGCUGAGAUGUAGCUAUUGAUAUUGUGUAGAUAUAUACA